GCUUAAAUAAUGAAAAGGUAUAUUGUGUAUAUGUACCAAUACAAGGUCCGACUCAAGUUCAUCAGAUAGAUCCUCCAAGUAAAAUUCAUCUUAAAUGCUUUAGGAAAAAAGCCAAAAGAGAUCAUAGAAAGAAUUCAAGUUCAUCAAGUAGCUCUAGAAGUACAUUUAUUAGUUAAAUUGUACUAGGAGACAAGAAGAAGAAAUAGAAAAAGGAGAAGAAAGAUAAGAAAGAAAAGAUUUCAUAAAGUAAUUCAAACUUUGUGAAUUUAGAUAUUGUGGCAUCAUAAAAGUUGUAUAUAAUUUUGAUAGUUUAGAACUUAAAGAUCAAGAUCUAGAUCUAAGUCAAAAUCAAAGUCUCAUUCAAAAUCAAAACCAAAGGAUGAUCCAAACAUUAUAAAAAAAGGAAGGG